CGCGGUGCGCAGCGCACUGCGUCAGUGUGUGUACAUCGCUCGACGUAAAAAGUGGCUCCCGUAGCCUGCAAUGAGUACUUAAGGAUAUUGUGUUGUUUUAGCUUCGCUGUGCUUACUAUGAAUUCGAAAUUACGCGUCCGAACAGUGUGAAGUGUGAAUGUGUUCGCCAUGUCGAGGAUUUCUAAAUCGUCAGUAGCCAAAGUUGACAGUACCCAAGUGGAGGUGAAGAGCAAGUUUGAUGCAGAGUUUCGCAGAUUUUCAAUCUCAAAAGAUGAGGCUAGUCGAUAUGAGGACUUCAAAAAUCUUGUGGAGAAACUCCACAGACUUACAGACGUUCCUUUCCUCAUUUCGUACACGGAUCCCAGGGAUGGGGAUCUCCUACCCAUUAAUAAUGACGACAACUUAGGAAGAGCUCUCAUGAAUGCAAGACCGCUUCUCAGAGUCAUCAUACAACGGAAAGGGGAGAGCAUAGAGGAACUGAACGGCUAUGGCACCUUCCGGCCGAGAAACCUCAUCUCCUCCAUCCUCGGCGGCACCCCGGGCAAGUCCUCCAAGACGUACAUCCCCAUCUCCAACCCCCAUGACUUUCGACAGGUGUCGGCCAUCAUCGACGUGGACCUGGUUCCUGAGACGUGCCGCCGCGUCAAGCUCAUCAAGUACGGCUCGGACCGGCCGCUGGGCUUCUACAUCCGCGACGGCACCAGCGUGCGCGUCACCUCGGCCGGCCUCGAGAAGGUGCCCAGCAUCUUCAUCUCGCGGCUCGUCCCCGGCGGCCUGGCGGAGAGCACGGGGCUGCUGGCCGUCAACGACGAGGUGCUCGAGGUGAACGGCAUCGAGGUCACGGGCAAGACGCUGGACCAGGUGACGGACAUGAUGCUGGCCAACAGCUCGAACCUCAUCAUCACGGUGAAGCCGGCCAACCAGCGCUCCCUGGCGGCGCCGCGCCGCGGCUCCUUCUCCAGGAACUCGCAGCUGUCGUCCGGGUCGCACCAGUCCACGCAGUCGGCGCUCUCGGCCGCCACCACGGGCUCGGACGAGGACCGCUUCGACCAGGACGAGAUCGUCGACUUCACGGGGGUGGCCCUGGACGACUCGUCGUCCACCGCCAACGUGCCCGCCGUCAGCAACACGAGCGUCACCACCAUCAACACGACCAUGAACACGACCAUGAAUACGACCGUCACCACCAUCGGCAGCAACAAGGAGGAGGCCGUGCUGCACUUGUGAUUGGCUGCCCGACCUGCGAAUGCUGUCGUUGUGGACUGAUGACGGAUGAUUCCGUUGUAGAGACUGCUAGAGUUUGGAACGCAAACGAACAAAAUUGUUUGGCUGGAGCUGAGACGUUGGUAGCUUUGAACCACUGGAAAGGUGAGUUUGUAUUAUUGACCAACUUGGCUCACCUUCUGCAAAGUAAAUAAAUGCUCAUUUUCAGUGAUAUUGAUGUAAUUUUAAGUUAUUAUGUUGCUGUAGUUUCUCUGUUGUUUUCUUUUCUUUACACAACUGUUUGUUAAAAGUUUAAAUUUCAAUCAGUAUUCUAAAAAUAUGUCACUGUUUAUUUAUGAAAGUCAUUACUAAGCUAAUUGUACACACAAGCUCUACCUGAGCUUUCUUUUCUCCUGUCUUCUGUUUGCUGGUUUGAACAUUCAUAUCAUUCCUUGCAGCAAUAGGUAGUACAUUAGUUAAUUCUGAACCAACUGGUUAUGAACCAAUCAUAACUUAUACAUUUAUGUUGUUGAUAUUUAGGAGAAGUCCUGCUUUCUAACAAUCAUUGUCUCCCUGAAGCAGGGUAUCCUAAACUCUUCUAAUUGCUUGGUACUUCCCAAUAUACUAUGUCACUGGUGAUGAUUGAAUUGAGGUACAUGCAACUGCCAUGAUUUCAGCAUUUUCGAGUUGUGAGAGUGAAGUAUGAUGUAGUAUGAAGUAGUUGUUAUUUGUAAAUCACUUUAAAUAUUCUUAUCAAUCUUGAGAUAUCAAGGACCUUGUCUACUUAUAUUUUUAUGUGUACAUAUUGUUAAAUGGAUAAUGAAUUUUUAUGCCUGUACUGUAUUCCUCAUUUCCUUGUGAUUAAUUUGUGUAGGUCUUCAAAGCAGGUUACUUAUAUAAUGUUAAUGGUACGUAAUGUUAAGUACUAUUGUGGUGCUCAGAAAGAUGAAAGUUUGUUGUUACAAUGUACUGUCAUUCUACUUAAACAAGCACCAUUUGGUUCUGCUUUGUAUGUACCAAAGAGGGAAAAUUAUUAAUUGAGUCAAGACAGCUGAAGCAAUGUACUUAUUAAGUUCUUAACCAUUAGAACAUAUUAUGAUGCUGCACCACUUAACAAUUAGUGUAAUGAAAAACUAUUGCAGUUUUGAGACACUGGUGCUGAUGUUCUCCAGGCUUCCGAAAAGCUGUUAGAAAGCUAUUCUGAGUAGUUUGGAUCAGCCACUGUUUUAGAAGUUACUUUGUCUUCUCAGCAUACAUAAAAAAUAUUACAGAAUGACCCAACAGUCUUGUAAUAUUAAUUAAUAUCACUUUUAUCUCAGUCAAUUUUAUGACUGCAUUGCUUCAUAAUAUAGUUAAUUAUCCAUUUUCUCAAAAUUUAAAGUUUGAUCUCUUUGUUGUUUUUAAAGUAAACAACAAUAUUGGCUUACAGCCUUUACAGUUCUUGAAGCACUGCAGUCAUAAAAUUGAUGUAUUCAUUUUUUAAAUGGUUUUGGACCACUUUGUGUACAAGUCAUAAUUCCACUGUGUACAUUCACAUUGUUAACUCUUGCUGCACUGGCAUUUUUCCCCCAUAUCAUAUUGUGUCUCUCAUCUUGUCAUAAUUUGGCUGUUAUCUAGUGAAUCUGUAUUGAUAAAGAUGUACAUUCCAGUGUUAAACUUUCACUGUGUGAUUGUUCUUCCGAAGCUUGAUUGACGUGAUUUCUGAUGAGUGCAUGGUUGGUUGUUAAAUAUUAAAUAAGCAUGUUUUAUUCUUUGCUUGUGUGGGAAACACUUCCUGCAAUGUGAUUCAAAAAGAUUAAAUUACGUAUUAGUGGAAGUCUGAGUCCAUGUCCAAUGUUUUGGUUAAAUUAUUCGGAAGUGUAGAAACAUGAAGUUGCCAUCCAUUUUCUAUUCUGAGCAGAGUUUUUAAACCAGUAAACCUGUAUGUAUUUUUGAUAAUGCAAAUUGAUUCCUGGCAUGACUAUGAUAGGGACCACGUUGGCUCACUUUCCUCUGGUUGAAGCUCUUCUGUGUCGUCAUGGUUUGUCUGAGAACCCCUUGUCUUGUUUGGUUGUGCCUUUGAUGUACAACUUGGAAAGGAUCACAGUAAUCAAAGGAAAUGAUUGGUAAUAUUUGGAAUUUAUGUAAGUGGUAAGAAGACCAUUUCUUUAUGUUAUUAGAUAGACAAAGAAAGAGAGAGUGCUAAAAUCUGUAGAUCAGACAAAGUGUUAUUUAAAUUUGAAUCAUGUAAUGAAAUACUUUUUACAAUCUAUGAAACUUCCUUUCCCUGGUUACCUUUAAAACAAUUUUUUUAAAUUGUUUGUAUGCUUUUUUUUUUUUUUUUUGCUUUUUUUUUCUUGUAAAUUUUCAGAAGGGUUUCAAGUUAAUGUUACUGUUUUCAGUAUUUAAAUAUUUUUCUUACAAGCCCUGGAUGGUAUAAAGUAUUUCAAUGUUGAAUAGUGAAAGAAAGUUUAUAGUUCUUAAUGAUCUAUAUUUUUACAAGAUUAUUUGUAUUGUUGACAAAUGCGUUCUUGACAACAUUUUUGCUGCACUCGUGGGGUAUAAUGUAUUGGUGCAUUUUCUGACUGAAUAUUUGCUAACAUCGGUUGUAAAAUGAUUAUAAUCAUUUGUAUCUUCUAAAGGUGGUAUCCAAGUUCUAUAUGUCUUGUGAGUUAUCUCUUCUUGCCAAAACUUAAUAGUCUCUCAAAAGUUUCUACACAGACUCGAAUUGCCACCUUACGGUGUUAAGUGGAUUACAAUUUUCUAAUGAAGUGUAUCAAGAUCAGAUGUUGCCAGUUUUGAAACCUUCUGAGUUCUCAUGUUGUUCAUAAUUAUGAUCCUUCAGAACACAUGUUAUUUUAAAUUCUGCCAAUGAAAUGUUUUACAUUGUGUACUGUACAUAUAUAGGCCCUAUUGCCUCUAUAUUGCUAGAACUGACAUAUUUUUAUGUUUGGAGUUAUGUGAACCUAUGAAUUGGUCCGUCCUAUUGCAUAUUACUCUUAGUUAAUAAAACAACACUCCAAUCAGA